AAGUGACAUCUUGCUUACUACUUUGCAUGUGAUCACUGAUUAGCCAAUUAGUGAUCACAUGAUCAGGACCUCGUACAGAGGUCCCGUCCGACGAUCGCUUGCUUACUAUUGUGGUGCUGUGAUUGGCCCACAGCUAUCACAUUUUACAGGUAGCCAUGUACCAUGUGAUAGCUGUUGGUCAAUCGCAGCAUCGCAAUAGUAAGCAAACUGCCAUGGAUGAAAGCCAUUCGUGACAGUUUUGCUU